AUGUCUAUGACGAACAGCAUCGAUCGCCAGUAUGAGCUGUUCGGCGUUAUCGCGCGUGCUGUCGAGAACCUCCACAAACUCGGCCCGGCAAAAACCACCCGUGGUGCUGUGCAAAGUCGCCUCGCGAUCCUGAAAUCGAAUUGGGACAAAUUCCAAGCCCAACAUGACAGUUUAUACAAUCAGCGAUCGCCAGAAACCUUACAGCUAGCCUACUUUGCCGACGAUCUUCACGGGCAGUGUGAAGAACAAUUUGCUGACGCCCAGGGCACCAUGCUCAAUAUCCUCGAGAGUUUUGAGUCCCCAACCCCGCAGUGCUCACAUGCCCCCCGCGCGAGUGGAACCCCGCCGAGCACAUCAUCUGGAAGCACUUGGAACCCGUCUUCCGCAUCGCAUUCUCGACGCUUGCCCCGCAUCGAUUUACCGAAUUUCAACGGUGAUUACUCGCAAUGGCAUCAUUUCAAGGACCUCUUCGCAUCGAUGAUCAACGCGAAUGCCGAGCUAUCAGCCGUCGAGAAACUCCAUUAUCUUAAGAUGAGCCUGUCUGAUGAGCCGGCUACGCUCUUAAAAAGUAUCGAAAUCUCAAGCAAUGGAUUCACUCGGGCAUGGGACACACUCAUCGCUCGCUACGAUAAUAAGCGUAUCCUCAUAGAAGCCCAGCUCUCCGCGCUAUUCUCAAUUCGCAAGGCCAAGUCCGAAUGCUCGUCCGAGGUAAAGCGACUCCUCUGCGAGCUGAAGGAAGCAAUUGGAGCCCUCGCUACGUUAGGUUGUCCAGUGCAACACUGGGAUCUUAUCCUCAUUUUCAUGACAGUUCGUCAAUUAGAUGUUGAAUCUGUUAAAGAAUGGGAGAAAUCGCUCGGAGCUUCAUCUGAAGCCCCAUCGUUUGCCGACUUCGAGAAAUUCCUUCUCGGUCGCAUUCUCACUCUCGAAGCCUUCGAGCGAACGACGACCUCUCGAAAGCCGCAACAAGCGAAUUCGUCACGAUCUUUUGGUAACGCGCGAAUACAUACCGCUGCAGUGAGUGAACAAAAAUGCGCGCUGUGCUCAUCAAGCCAUUAUAUCUCAUCAUGCCCCAAAUACCUCGGGAAAACGCUCGACCAGCGAAGGGAAGUGGUCAUAUCGAAGAAUCUGUGCUUCAAUUGUCUCGGACCUCAUCAACUGAAGGCAUGCCGCUCCGCGAAGCGAUGCCGCUUCUGCCGUAAGCCACAUCACUCCACGUUACACUUGCCAGCUGGUGACUCAACUAUCGCCUCAAAUGCCUCGUCUGGCUCGUCGCCGUCAACUUCAGCGUCGACCUCAUCUCCACCAGCUACUCAUACCGCAAGUAUUCAUCAGCACGAAUCCGCCGCUCCUCAAGAUAAUCUUGAGCACACGUUCGGCUCCGUGACAUCAAAUCACCUUUCUCAAUCGCGGAUUAUUCAUCGCACUCCAGCCUUGUUGGCUACUGCUCUCGUAGAUGUCGUUUCAUCCAGCGGAGAUCUCUACGAAGUGCGAGCUCUUCUCGAUCAAGGCUCGGAAGUCUCGUUUAUCUCAGAAUCGGUCGCGCAGCUGCUCAAACUCUCGCGCCGUGCUGCGGCGAUCCCAAUUAUCGGAAUCGGUGCUCAACGCUCAAGUGUCUCAAACGGAGCAGUUUCUCUCAAAGUAAUCUCGCAAGUAAACAAAGCUAUCUCUCUCGAAACCGACGCUCUCGUAUUGCCGCGAUUGACUGCUUACUUGCCCCCCGCGCGAGUGGAAUUCACUCAGUGGCCGCAUAUUCAGGGACUCAAACUCGCGGAUCCAAGCUUUGCCACGCCCGGAAAGAUUGAUCUCAUUCUCGGUGCUAAUGUGUACGCUCAAAUUCUCGAAGACGGCAUUCGUCGAGGAAAGAUCGGUGAACCCAUCGCUCAAAAGACAUCUCUUGGAUGGGUGCUAUCUGGACCUCUCUCUAACGACACUCGGGAGAUCAACGCCUCAGACGAAACUUCCAUUAUUGGUCUUCAGUGCUCUCUCGAUCAUGAGCUCCUCGAGCUCCUUCAACGCUUCUGGAAACAAGAAGACCUCGCGCCAUCAUCGCAGAUAUCUAUGUCACCAGAAGAAUCUCAGUGCGAAGAGCAUUUCAAGACUACUCAUACUCGCGACGUCAACGGUCGAUUCGUUGUACGCCUGCCGUUCAAGAAAAGUGUUAGUGAGUUCGGUGACUCGCGCUCUAUCGCACUCAAGAUGCUGCAUCGAAUGGAAAAGCGAUUCGAAGCGAAUCCCUCUCUCAAAAUUCAAUAUACCGACUUCCUGCGUGAGUAUCGUGUUCUCGAUCACAUGCGCUCCGUCGCCGCGUCAGAGCGCGCUCCGGCUCGCGAGUUUUUUCUCCCACAUCACGGAGUUACGCGUGAAACCAGCACGACCACUAAACUUCGCGUCGUAUUCAACGGAUCGCAGAAAACGAAUCUCGGAAUUUCGCUAAAUGAGUGUCUCCAUAUCGGACCGAAAUUGCAGACGGAUCUCGCGGAUAUCUUACUCCGGUGGCGCCGGCAUCGAUACGUAUUCGCGACCGAUAUCGAGAAGAUGUAUCGGCAAAUUCGCGUGCACGAGAACGAUUGGCCGCUUCAGAAAAUUCUCUGGCGAAACUCUCCCGAUGAAAGGCCUCAAGAGUAUGCAUUGUGUACAGUCACAUACGGCCUCGCGAGUGCUCCGUAUCUCGCGCUACGUUGCCUGCAGCAACUCGCUCUAGAAUCCGCGCCAACUCACGCGCUCGCUGCCGAAGUUCUUCGUCGCGACACAUAUGUCGACGAUGUUCUCUCCGGCGACGAAAGCAUCCCUCGAGCGAAAAGGAAAAUCUCGCAGCUGAACGACGUUCUCACGGCGGGCGGAUUUACUCUCAAAAAGUGGAUCGCUAACGACUUAAAUCUCCUCGACGAAAUUCCAACUUGUGAUCGCGAAUCAUCGCCUACGGUAUCAGUGAGCGACAAUACAAUGCAUCAUACUCUCGGCGUGCGGUGGGAACGUCAAUCGGACAAUUUUAUAUUCUCGGCCCCGUCGCUCGCAACCUCGAAUAACCGCGUUACAAAGCGCUCGGUAUUGUCGCUCAUCGCGCGCAUGUUUGACCCUCUCGGAUGGAUCGCGCCGAUAAUCGUUACCGCUAAGAUUUUCAUGCAAGAUCUGUGGGCCAUCCGCCUCGACUGGGAUGACGAACUCCCAGAAGAUCUGAAAUCUCGCUGGACUAACUACGUCACGCUACUCAAUGGCGUCUCUCAUAUUUCAAUCCCUCGUUGGUUCGGGAUCAGUUCAUCGAAUCUCGCCGUGGAAGUGCACGGCUUCGCGGAUGCGUCGCAGAGUGCUCUCGCCGCCGUUGUUUAUCUCCGCGUUCUCAAUGACAAUGAGAACGCUCAAGUGAAAAUGAUUUGUGCGAAGACAAAGGUGGCCCCUCUCAAACGUUUGACUAUACCGCGACUUGAACUCUCGGCGGCUGCGCUACUCGUGCGUCAAGUGAAGAAAAUUCGCGAAGUGCUCGACUUGAAUCAAGCUCCAAUUCAUCUCUGGACCGAUUCAACGGUCGCACUCACGUGGAUCAAAAGUCAUCCAUCGCGUUGGAAAGACUUCGUCCGGAAUCGCGUCUCGUUUAUACAAGAGCUCUCAAACUCCAGGUGGCAUCACGUCGCCGGGAAAGAAAACCCAGCAGACCUCGCAUCACGCGGAGUAAAUCCUCAACGUCUCCAACUAGAAGAAUUGUGGUGGACCGGCCCUCAUUGGUUACGUACGCGCUCUAUAUCGUGGACGGCUUCCACGCCUAUUCACGAAUCUACAGAUGAUCUCGAAGAACGAGCCCCGCGGUGCACAACGGCAUUCAAAGAUCGCGAGCAAAAUCUCUGGAUGCUCGAUCAAUACUCGUCGCUAAGGACUCUGCUGAGAAUAACUGCUUGGGUUCAGCGUGCUCUUAAACGCUUUCGGAAGGAUCAGGCCUACUUCUCAGCUGAAAUUAAAAGCUUGAAGAGCCAGAAUCCACUACCAAUUUCAAACGAUCUACGCCGUCUAACUCCGUUUCUCGACACCGACGGGCUCCUACGACUACGCGGACGUCUACUACGCGCUUUACUCGAUCCCGCGGAAAAACAUCCCCUCAUCUUGCCUCGAGAAUGUCGAUUGACGACACUCGUGAUUCAUCAUCACCAUCGAAAAACUCUCCAUGGCGGGCCGCAACUCACUCUAUCAUCGAUUCGCCAAAAAUUUUGGAUUAUCGGAGGUCGCAUUCCCAUCAGAGCAUUCAUCCACAAGUGUGUCAUCUGUGCUCGUCAUCGGGCUACCACUGGUCAACAGGCGGUCGGACAACUUCCAGCAUCCCGUGUAAUUCCGGGCCGCCCAUUCUUACACAUUGGAGUCGACUAUGCCGGACCAGUGACUCUCAAAACCGUUCGAGGACGAGGCUCCAAAGCUUACAAAGGAUACUUCAUCAUUUUCGUCUGCUUUAGCACUUCCGCAAUACAUUUAGAAGUCGCUACUGAUUACUCUACGGAAGGAUUUCUCGCGGCAUUCAAACGAUUCACGGGACGACGAGGCAUCUGUUCCACCAUCACGAGCGACUGCGGCACCAAUCUGAUCGGUGCCGACGCAGAGCUCAAGCGACUGUUCACCGCCUCCUCCCGAGAAUGGACUCACCUAGCCAAUGUCCUCACAAGUGACGGAGUAACAUGGAAAUUUAAUCCACCUUCCGCCCCCCACUUUGGUGGAAAAUGGGAAGCCGGCGUGAAAUCUGUUAAAUUUCACUUGCGGCGAGUUAUCGGUGACGCUACUCUCACUUAUGAGGAAUUAUCAACUCUACUAGUACAAAUCGAAGCCAUCUUAAAUUCCCGCCCACUAAUCGCUCUCUCGGAUGAUCCGUCAGAUCUCACCGCUCUAACGCCAGGUCAUUUUAUCAUCGGAUCGGCUCUCUCCACCGUGCCGGAGCCCUCGCUCCAAGAAGUAUCGAGAAAUCGGUUGUCGCGUUGGCAACUUCUACAAACGAUGAAGGAAUCAUUCUGGCAAAGAUGGUCAUCGGAAUACUUGCAGCAAUUACAGACUCCCUCGAAACGUCAUCGGCCUCAAGAUGCCUUCCAAAAGGGCUCUCUCGUUCUAAUCAAGGAUGAACGUUUCCCUCCAUCGAAGUGGCCCCUCGCGCGCAUUACUCAUGUGCACCCUGGAGUCGACGGUCUUAUUCGCGUCGUCACCGUAAGGACAGCUACCUCGACGUUUAAACGACCCAUAGUGAAGCUGUGUUUAUUGCCAGUUGAAAACAAAGAGUCCGUACAAGAACCCUAA